AUGGAGUCCACCGAAAGAUCAGCCAGACCUGCCCCACGGGGAACUGCAGCCUACCAAAGAAGACGUGCCGUAUGUCGGGCUCGCCGUACCAAAUGCGACAAUCUCAAGCCGUCAUGCUCCUUUUGCCUCAAGACGGGAGCCAAAUGCAUUCAGUCACCUGUCGAUUUCUCCAGUUUUGACCCCGCUAGUCUAAAGAUCUUGGAGAGGUUGGAUGAUCUGGAGCAGUUGGUUCGGGGACAAAAUGUCAUACCUGGAGAACCUGAAGAAUUCAACGCCUUCGACCCCAUUCAAGUCGGCAUGGUGUUGCCAGUUUCGGCAGACGAGCUGCUUGCCAAGCUAGUGUCACAAGGAAGACUACCUCCAGUAGACAUUGCUUCUCCCCGACUCAACACCUAUACGUCUCCCGGUUCUUUUGAUCUAGAAGAACCCAGUCGAGUGCGGCCUCUACUCGACAGAUUUUUCGAAUACGUUCACGUCAAAAAUCCAAUCCUCGACGAGACACAUACACGGCAUGUCGUCCAGGCAACAGUGGUCAAUGGAAUCGAUUGGUCGGCAGAAUCUUGUCUAUCGCUUCUCAUCCUGGCCUUGGGAUCCAUCGCUACCCCUUUUGGUGUCAGCUUCAACACAAGACCUGGAUCCACGGAAUACGCACAAGCAAGGUCGUAUUUCUGUGCAGCCGAGAAGAGGCUUGGUCUGCUUCUGACAAAUGAUCAGGUCAUUGCACCUCAGUGUCUGUUUCUCGCGGGAGUUUUUCUCAUGUGCACAUUUCAACCCCACAAGGCAUGGCGUUGUUUUGUGCAGUCUCUGGCCUGUUGUCAGCAGUUUCCAUUUCUGACGCCUGAAUCUCAAAGACAAUACCAUGACCAAGUAGCACGCGACCAUGAUCCGGCUGUCGAUCUGCAGCAAGCCAUUUACUGGUCUGCAUGGAAAUCGGAACGAGAAAUCCGGGGACAUCUCCACCUGCAAGAUUUUUCAGAGCAACACAGCAUGACGAACCUAUACCCGUCGUUCUUCCCUACCCCACCUUCUGUCAGGACGAUAUCGGCAGACACUACACAUCAAAGAGAAGAGAUGUCUUGGUAUUUUUAUCUGUCGGAAAUUUCUCUCAGACGUCUUAGUUCACGAAUCGCCGCCGAGAUGUUUGAACUUCAGCAAAAACACAAAUCUAGAAGGUCGUUCCUCAUGGCAAUGGCGGAUUUGGUUCCGUCGUUUGAAGAGCAGACACUUGAUUGGAUACGAUCUCUACCUGCCAGUCUUUCUUUCGACGCUCCCAUCAGUCAAGAUGACGUCUGUCGGUUUGUAUUACGCGGACACGCAGUCAACACAUACGAGAUGAUUUACUGGCCAUUUGUUUCUGCACUGUUGGAUUCUAGCCUGCACAAGAGUCCACACAAUGAGACCUUUGUGCUGUUGGCAAACAAAGGAAUUGAAAAUCACGCAUACCGACUGCGGGUCAACAAGCAGGGAUUCUAUCACCGGCACCAUGGCACCUAUUACAUGAUGGCUUCAUGUGCCAGAAGCGCACUAGUGUUGUCUGCAUGCAGAUCUAUCCCUGAAGCGGGUUCAAUGGGGUCAGGAGUGGAGGAGGUGGUUGGUUUGUUGGAUUACUGGAGCAAUGAGACGCCAGACUUUGAUCGAGUACGGAUGCAUUUGCAGCAUUUGGAAUAUUUGCGAGACUGA